AUCCCUGUCUACUUCUGGGAGGAGUCGCUGUGGGCCUCGUUCUGGGUCAACUUCAACGCGCGCUUCUCCGCCACCCUCAACAUCGCCUUCCUCAUCAACAGCCUCGCCCACACCCACGGCUACCGGCCAUACGACAAGGACAUCAGCCCGGUCGAGUCGCCCAUCCUGGGCCUGCUGGCGAUCGGCGAGGGCUGGCACAACUACCACCACGUGUUCCCCUGGGACUACCGCACCGGCGAGCUGGGCAACGGGCGCAUCAACCUGUCCACGCAGUUCAUCGACGCGUUCGCGGCCCUGGGCUGGGCCUGGGACCGGCGCUCUGCCGACGACCGGGUGGUGCGGCGACGCGUCGAGCGCUGCGGCGACGGCACGGGCGCGGGCAUGUUCGGCGCGGCCCUGCACCCGGACACGCGGCCCGCCGAGGAGGCGGCGCCUGCCACCAAGGCCUCGUAGGCCGAGGGCGACCUUUGCCCUGCGCCUGCGCGCCCGCGUAGCUCCGCGUAGCUUCGCGUAGCUUCGCGUAGCUUCGCGUAGCUAAGUUGAGCUCGACGUUGACGUGGUUUUCAGUGCAAGUUCACGGACAAUAUGCCACAUCACGGGGGCGCGGGUUGGGGCGCGGGCGGCCUGCGUGUGACGCGGCCCUAGCCGCACCGGGCCGAUGUGACUGACCGCCCCCGGGGUCCCCCUGGGCACCGCCCGGGGUCACGAUGCCGCUGAUCCGCGUCAUUGUUGUAUGUAUCCAAAGCUACACUUACCUCCAAUGUUUUUGUGAUGUAUGGGUGAAUGUGGGUAUGAGGAGCCUCAGAAGUGGUUUGCGGUCCCCCUCAAGCUUUAAGAAAAAUUGAAUUACGAUCACAAGAAAUCUAUGUGAAUACAAUGUGCGUAGAACCUGUUGUUGAGCACCCUCAUUUUUAAUUUGUUGAUUUCAUCUAUUUCAUAAUUUAUAGAGUAGUUUGUUAAUUAAGAUUAAACUCCUGAAGCGCGUCCAUUGUUAUUUUGAGUAAAACUAGUCUAGAUUAAAGUGUGCGGAAUGCCUCAUUCAGAAGGUCCUUACACAUAAAGUCUGCUCUGCUCAGUAUCAAAUACCAUAACUUAAUUGUGAAUGUGAAGUGUUAUUUUGGGCACUCACAUUUCUUAUUGUAUGUACUCCAUGUUCAUAUGACAACAUUGUUACAAAUACCACAUGUGCUGUGAGAAAUACGUGCGAUCUCUCUCACCAACCAUAAGUACCAUUUCCUAAUGUAACUGUAAAUCAGCUCUCCAUUUUGUAGUUGCAAAAGGCGAACCUAGUUUGAUAUGUGUUUAUAUGAUAGAAACAUUUCAAUUUCUAAAGGUUGUAUGUACUAACAGAUAAUGCUGAUGCUAUUUUGCAAUGCUGAAUAUCAUAAGUAGGAGAAAGCAUAAAUCUAUAAUAAAUCACAUUUAUUAUUUUUGUUCCUCUCUUCGUUUUUUUAAAAAUCAAUGUCUUAUUUUUUGUCACUACUUCUUCCUUUUUCCUGUUUGUUAAGCAUAUACAUGCAAAUUGCCAUUUGUCGGUGGACAGGGACACCUUCCCCACUUUCCGACCACUUUCCAUCGUAGGUGGUGCGUAGGAGACUGCAGCAUGGCAGGACACAUUUUGUUUUUUCACCGUCAAAAUAUUUGUCAUACUUUGAGAAUACCUGAAAAAUAAAUAAAAAUAAAAGUA